AUGGAGGAUUUGGCGGUCGAGGUGUGCGGCAAGAAUGGCGUCUAUUACAAGGUAACCGUUGAACACUUAUAAAAGAGUGAAAGAAUUAUUUGAGAACUUAUCAAAAAUUUACUUUCCAGGGCUACGUGAGGAAUAUACACCAAGAUCAAGUCACUGUUUCCCUGGAGCACGAGUACGUAUGAGCUACGGACAUCUAGGUGUCCGCGCGCGAGAUUCAGUCGUGUCCAUUUUUUUUGACAAGAUCUUCGCUAACAGAUCUUUGAUAUUUUGUUCUCAUACAGUCCCUAUAACUGGAAGAGAGUUUCUUACGAAGAAGUGCGUUUACCUUCCAAGAGCAACCAAAAAUGCGAUUUGUACGUGGACGAUGAAGUAGAGGUACGCUAAGUGGAUAAUAGACCUGUUUACGUCCUCCGUCCCAUGUGAUCGAAAAGCAAAAGGUCAAAUUCAAAUGCAUUGACGUAGAAAAUCCCAUUCUCGAUUGUUUUUAUUCAUGAUGCAUAUUUUAAGGUACGGUUUGAAGAGUCAAAUAUUUCGAUCUGACUCUAAAGUGGAAAUAUUUUUCCUAUUUUAUUCGGAAUUCUCUCGUUUAAACCCGCGGAUUGUGCAACAACUUGAAUUUCACCUUGCUAUAAUUUAUAGUGUGUGUUUACAAUGACUAACCCACGUGCCGCUUUAGCAUUUGAGAGUAACCCAGUUGCAUUUUCGUAUUAUUUGUUAGCUUAUUUAAGUGCAAGCGGUAACAACAGAAAUUUCAACUAAUCCAGAUUUCUUGUAAUAAUGUUGUUGAUAAUGAUUAGUGAUUAUCACAUAGAGCGAGAAAAUAUGGUGUUGAAUUUCAGUCAUGGCUUCUCCCCGCCAGGUUUUCGAUCACCCUCUGAUAAAGUGGAUUAGGCUUGCUGUAUUUCCAAAGAGAAGAUUUAAGGGUAUAGACGUGUACCUGCAAGGGUUGUGUUUACUGCUUGUUGCAGUUUGAGGAGAAAGGGAGAUUAUAAACAUUCAAUUGUAAAGGGAAGGAAAAGAUAGAAGAGAUGGGAUGGAAGGGGUGCUGGAGCGAAGAGGGAUAGUGGAUGGUUGGGAAGCAAGUCGAGUUACUGUUCUGCCCUGUUAUUUUCUCCUUUCCACUUAACCCUUUAAGCCCCGAUAUCCACAAGCAAAUUCUCCAAACUGAUCUCUAUACAUUUCUUUAAAGAAUAAGUUGAGAGAGUUUGAGUUUUUUCUCUUUGCUGAUCAUUUAAUUAAUUCUCAUAAACUAAUCUCUUGACAUUGUAUGGAUAUUGUUAGGAGAAAAUUGAUGUUGGUCACUAUUGGGACUUAAAGGGUUAAUAUUACUUCUGGUGGUCCACAGCUAUUUUGAAAGUCAUACUUUAAAUUGAACUUCUGUCUUGGAAAAAGUAGAUAUUUUCUUUGAAGGAAUAGACCAUGCAAUGCCUGGGGAGGAGCGAGUCUCACAGCCAAAAUAAUUGAAAGAAAUUUAUGAAGCUUAAUUUGGAAUGAGGGUUGGAGUAGUGGGGAGCUCUUAGAAAAGGUUUCUUCCUUCAGGGGUGGAGUAGUGGGGAGCUGUUAGAAAAGUUUUUUUCCUUCAGGGGUGGAACAGGUAUUUUCUGGAAUCAUGCAUUACUUGGAUCAAGUAACACCUUUUAAGCUUAUUAUCAGCUUUACAUAUCGUGAUGCUUUUGUAAUUUUUCCCACAAAGCUCCUCUUGUGUGAUUAAAUGAGUGGAAAUAUUUAUCUGUAAUAUGUAUUGGUCUUUGAUUAUUGAUAUGACAUAUAUACAUGAUGGGAGCUUUUUCUUGAUGGCUGAAGAUGAAGAUGAAUAUCCUUCCCCAAAAAGUUUCGUGAAAUGAAUUCACUAUUAUUUUAAUCAAUCUUUUGAUUCUAUUGUUCUAGGUUUUCACAAGAGAUGUUGAUGGUGAGCCUUGUGGUUGGUGGCAGGCAAGAAUUGUUCAUAAAAAAGGAGAGGUACUUAUUUUUUUCAUUAAUUUUACACGUAUAUACAGUCUCUAUUGCCUUACAGACAUUUUGCUAUGAUACACUCCUCGUUAAUAUAAGGGGCAGCCAAUUCCCCAGCAGAAAUAUUAGUGAGUUUUGCAACAGGAGGGUUGGCGGAGAGAAGAGGUUGGCAAAAUGCCCCUGCGUAAUAAAUGUGUUCUGGUCAUUUACAAAAUGGUCUGUUUAAAGGAGGGUAAAGUUUGGUGGAAAGUUCUUUCAAACAGAAGUAUUUUCAUGCUUUUACACACAUUUUGCCAUCUUCUUUUUCCGGACGCCUCUCCUGUUUCAUGAGUUCAGUAAUAUUAUAGACAUGAUAGCAACAAUGGACUAUGUUGGACUAGUUUUGGAGUCUUCUUGUGAGAUAAACUCUUUGGUUACAUAAAAGCCCAAGCAUUUUCAAUUUCAGACUCUUUUUUUUUUUUUAACUGGGAAUCAUUGGUUAUGGACGGGGACUCAUGAUUUUUCACAAGAUUAGUCCCAGGACUCACCAUAACUGUUGGUAACAAAAUCACUGCCAGUUGUGCUACCCGUAGAAAGUUGCUUAUUUAAGUCCACCUAUUACUUAAAGAUAAACAAAAUAAAUGCCUGUAUGACCAACAGCCUAUGGAACUUUGUUUUAGGUUACACCUUCCUGUAGAGUUCAGAUUGUACAUAAUUAGUGAAGGAAAUAGAUUUGUGCUAUGUUCUCUGGUUUUGUGUGCCUGUCUAAGAAAUGAAGCCAAUUAUUUUUUUAUUAAACAAUGGCCAGUAACGCACAUUUGGGAUCAAACAUAAACCUCUUUCAACAUUGUUUUGUAUCAGUCACACCAGCUCUUACAAAGGACAGCCACCUGCUUAUGUAAUGAAUUUCUCGCAAAGGUGUUGUUUCUUGAAGUAAGUGUUGAAAAAGAACAGCUGAAGAUACCGAGGUGACAAAGAGUUUUGUUUGAGCUUCCUGUUUGCUGAAACAGCUGUCUGGUGCAUUGAGCUGAAUGCAAUUACAUAACAAUGUUUGACUCAAUAUUUUGCAGUAAAAAUUAUUGUUUUUAAACGUAAUGGCCAUUUCUUUUUCUUUGGGUUGUAGUUUUCUUUCCUGGGCAGGCUACAUUUUUCUAUCUACACAUGCAAAGCAUUCCCCCCCCCCCCCCCCCCCAAAAAAAAAAAAAAAAAAAAAAAAACUUAUGUAAACAGAGCAAUCCUUCUUGUUUUAUUCCCAUCAGAUCUAUUUGUUUAUCUGAUUAUCUUUUUUUGUGUCAAUUUUGAUACUGAGUUUUCUUCGUGGUAAAGUGGUUUAAAUAGUUUUGUUCCAAAUAAAAUAUGCUUACCCCCUCGGUAAACUUGUGCCUUUUGUGGUAACUGCUGUUCUCAUGCUUGCGCAUUUUCUCUUGUUUUAGUUUUAUGUGAUACAGUAUACUGGAUGGGAUGCCACAUUUAAUGAGAUUGUACCCAGAGAGAGAAUUCGUCCCUGUAGCUGCAAGUAAGCAGAUGACAGUGUUUUAUUGCCUAUAUCAAUGCCCAGUCAGGGAAAGAAAUCCUUAGUGAUACCCAGGCUGCUGGAGUGCAAGAGAACCUUGCAGGACACCACACACUUUUCACAGAGGCUUUUAAUAAAAGAGCCUUUUAAAUAUGAUAAAUUAUCUCUGCUUAAUUAUCCGUAAAAAUGCCUGGUUACCCCUCCAAUAUUAGAGAGUUUUAGAUCCGAGUUUAUCAUGAACCUCUAAUUUUAUCCUCAAACAUAAAAACAAGUGGUUUAUUUUUCCAUUUAGAAAUAGAAGAAAAAUUAAUCAGUGAAAAUAAAAGAAAUUUAAGGCAACACUGGGUUAUCUAGCAGCAAAGAGCUGUAAAUUCUUACAUUAGUUCUUCUUGCAAUUUUACGGCCGCCAUUUUGAAUCAGCAGCCAUGAAUGGCACUUGUUUUCAAGAUCCAAUGAUUUAUCAAAUUUAGCAUUUCGAUUUCCUCUGUUAAUGUAUAAAGACUUGCUCCACAAGAUUUUUGUAUCAUUACAGAUGAAACAAGAAAAUAUCAGAGCUCCCCACGUUAAAACGCACGUGGGUGACGCCGAAAGACUUGUCAAAAUUAGAGGUUCAUUUCUAAAACUCUCUUUCAGCUGAGAUUUCACUCUCCUGAGAACCAUGUGAAAAUAUCAGAGUUUAAUGGGAGCUGUCAAAAUUCAGUUCUGUUUAGUUGGUUUAAAUAUUCCAGUUCAGGAUUCUUCUGUUCAUGGGAAUUUUUUUUGUCUUCUAACAGUGGACCAAUCGCCAAGGAUAUGUACCAGAAAGUGAUGAUUGAUGUUCCACAAGACUUAAGACAACUGUAAGAUCUGUCACUUAUAUCAUUAAUGGUGUUAUGAAAGUAAAAUAACUGUUGAAAUUUAGAAAUAUUAUAACAAACAAUGACAUAGGUCUUUGUAAACUUAAUUAUGUACCCUUGUAGUUGAUUCUGGGGUUGAAGAAUUUAUGACCUCAAAGUUAUUCCCUUUUGUGUUUAGCUGUAAAGAUGAAGCAGUGCACAGAGAGUUCAAGAAACAGACGGGAGCAUCUUGUGUGUAUUAUCAUGACGAACUAGCUGUCCUUGUUGCAUUGGUGAGCAAUUCAGCAUUCUUGUGGCCUUAGUAUUUAUGAUAUCUGAUCAGCUGUGUAAUUUGAAUAAAGUUACACGUAUCUGCAUUUUACAAUGAAUGAAUGAAUACCAGACAUAACUAAUCACUGAUGAAUGACAUCAAUUGGUAAUCAAUGAGUAAUCGAUGAGUGAUCAGUUGAUUAGUCAUUGAUUAUUGGUGAUGAUCAAUGAGUAAUUGAUGAGUAAUCGAAGCCCAAAGGUCUAUUGAUUACUGUAAGAUUGAAGGGUACUGUGUAAUCUUUUGCAGUCUCGCUCUGAACGUCCUGUGAAAUGUGCAGCCAUGUUAAGCGAAAUCCAUUUUAGAAGUCUCAGAACAAAGAUGCUCUUGCAGUCGUGGAUUGACGAGACAGCAAGACAACUACAGGUAUAAAAGCCUUUCCAGUCAGUGCACCUCUGAGGUGGUGCCUUUUAACAUGGUAGAGACCUUCACUGAGGCCAUUCCCAUUUCUGAGACUCAAUUCUGUAAAAAUAGAGUUGAGUUUACAUAACAGUUAGUCAGUUUAGCUUCUUAUCCAUGUAUGAUGAUUAUUUUAGUUACUGUGUUUACUACCGUAAAUCCUCUAUUAAGCCCCCCCGGGGAGCUUAUUUAAUUUAGAAAAGAUGACAGUAUCAGUUCUCCAUAAAGACCUAGAAUACAAAGUGGAUUAGCUCAAGUAUAAGAUGGUUGGAGGUCAUGCAGCCAAGGAUGAGAAUCAAAUCCAAACUUUCAGUUGGUAAAUAAACCAUCCUGGAUCAGUCCACGUGAAGUUUAACAGUCGUGAUUCAUCAAUACAGUCCAUCAUUUAUUAGUGAAGAAUAAUUAGGGGUGGGGAGGAGAGGGCUUUAUGGACAGAGGAAGCUUAAUAGAGGAUUUAUGUUAUUCCAAAACAGAGCUUUGUUCGUAAAAUCGCAACAGACCGUUUCGGAGUUUCCCCAAGCCUUGGUUUCAGAGUUAGAUUGAGUGCGAAGCUACUGAUAUGAAAAUGAUUUUUUCUUCUUGUGCAAUUUAAACUCAUUUUCACAAGAAUUAAGGUUUUUCUCUUAGCCUUGUUUUGAAAAUGUGAGUUUCUGUAACUUGGAAAUGUCCUAUGUUUCUGAAUUCACAAAAUGAACAGCAAAACCAAUGACUGAAGAAACUGCAACAAACUCUAAACAAGUGAGAGGUUCCAUAAAUGUAGCAUCAACUUCAUUCUCUCUGCACAUGUACUGUAAUACACACACGGCUUGGCCUGACUGUGGGCUCAGCAGUGUAGUGCAGGCUCAACUUGCAUGGAAAGUCUUGAGGGUGACAACUUAAGCAUACAUGUUACCCAUUUAAAUUUUAUUAUUGUGCAACUUAUUACAGACUGCCAAAAAACAGAUGGGUGUGGUCGACAUGCUGACGUUACCAGAUCAUCUUAUGGGCCUUGCUAUUGGUGCGCAGGGAGCCAACAUUCAACAGGCUAGGCGACUACCUGGAAUCAUCUCCAUUGAAGUGGAUGAAGAGAACUGCACUUUUCACAUUUGUGGAGAUGUGAGUAUUAUCAAUUUUGGCUGUUUUACUCAAAGGCAGUACUUCCAGACAAACAUUGAUCUGCCUGAUCAAUUAUUAUAGGUUCAUCCAUGCAAUAAAUACAAUACUAAACAGGUCAGAGACCAAAUAGUAAAACAUUUUUAUGUUAAGUGAUAAUUAUUAUCAUGCUACCAGCUAAAGGUAUUUAUGAGCACAUACCUUGAACACUUGAACUGUUUGGGUGAGAAUAAUUACCAGUUUUCUUUCUAAUAAGGAUCAUCAUUUUAUCCCAAAUGGGUUUGUUUUGCUUAUCUCGUUAUAACUCAUAUUCAAAAGUCCUCCAGUGCACUGUUCUCUGUCAACUCGCUGUUUUCACAUUGACCAUAAUGCACUUUGCUUACCCCCCAAAACUUUGCAUAACCAUUGUUUCCAAUUUCUCCUGGGUAUUACUUACGGUCAUCCCAAGAGAAAUCGAAGACAACAGUUAUGCAAAAUUUGGGGGUCGGGGGUGGUGGUGGUGGGGGAGGGGGUUAAACAAGGUGCAUUAUGGUCUAUGGAAAAAUGGUGAAUUAAGAGUUGUUGAAUUAAUUCCGUCUUUCAGAGUGAAGAAAGUGUAAAAGAGGCGAGAAGACUGUUAGAAUUUGCAGAGGAAACUGUUUACGUGUCUAGACCGCUUGUAGGUGAGUCUAAUAAAAAGCAAACAGUCAGAGAAGUGGGAUGCAAAGUUAACGCGUGCAGGACAAAAUAUCAAAACUGGAUAAGAUGAUCUCAAAUUUCAUAUUGUAAUUCAACGAAAAGUUACUCCGUGAAAAAAUUACUCUCUAAGAGUUUUCAUUUGAGUGGUCACACUUUAGGAUUUCAUCCACAGAGUCAAACUAUCUUUUGCAGCAUAAUAAACAGUACCACAGGAAAGUACUGCUCAGUAGCUUUCAUUUGAAUGGUCACACUUUAGGAUUUCAUCCAUAGACUCAAAAGUUAGAACCACCUUGUACAGCAUUAUAAACAGCACCACAGGAAAGUAUCUUCUGCAUUUGAAUGGUCCUUUAAUUUCAUCCAAGACUCAAAAGUUGUACUAAUAAACAGCACCACAGGAAAGUACUGCUCAGUCAGCUUUCAUUUGAAUGGUCACACUUUAGGAACUGUAACAUGCCUAGGAAUAACAGGAAAUGACAUCGUUUCUUUCAUUAGGAAAAGUAAUCGGAAAGAGUGGUCGUAUAAUCCAAGACAUAGUAGAUCGUUCAGGCGUCACUCGUGUCAAGAUUGAACCUCCCGAAGAAAGAUCGACCGCUGACGAGAAAUCUUCAAAGGUCAGCCUACGUUUUCAUUUUCGUUCGUUUUCUUGCUCAGGGAGAAGUGAAGUGCCUUUCAGACAAUGGAAAUAAAACUUACACAAGUUGAUGUUUCUUUCCCUGUAUACUUGGGUAAUAUAAGCCAAGGCUUGUAAAAGUAUGGGAAAUUGCAGAAAGAAUGUCAAAUAUGCGGUAAAACGCAAAAGAAUACUACACCGCAGGGGCGGAUCCAGGAUUUUUUUUAGGAGGGGGUGCACUCGUCCCUUGCUCUACUUCAACACCAAUAAACCACAUAGUUUUUUUUUUGGCAGAAUACCGGUUGUAUUAGAACACCGCAGGUCAUCUCAGGGGGGGGGGCGCACCCCUGCACCCUCCCCCUAGAUCCGCUCCUGCACCGAAGGUUCACCAGCCAUUCACAACGUGCGAGAAAUGCUAUGGUUUUGUAGAUGAUUUUGCUAAUAAACGUUUAUAUACUAGAAAGGGCGCGAGUCUUAUCAUUUUUGUUCUUGUUUUUAGAAAGAAGUGUCUUUCCUAUUUGUUGGAACGAAGGAGUGUAUCGUCAAUGCCCGAAUGAUGUUAGAUUAUCAUCUGGCACAUCUUAGGGUAAAUACCAUUUUUACUCUUCACUCUCAUGAGAGCGAAAAUCCCAUGUCCAUUUUUUGCAAGAUUUAUUUUGUUAAUUUUUUUCCACACAGGAUGUAGAGGUGAUGAAAAAGGACAAGGAGAGUCUGGACCAACAGCUUCGUAGCAUGGGAAUCAACCCGCCCCAGGGACCCUCCUACUUACCCACUCCAGCGGAGAUGCGGCCUGGGCCUAGCCUUUCAUUCAUUGGCCAGGACAAGGACAAUAUGUUGAGUGUGCGAGACAGGUCGCUGACCACGGAGAGUUACGCGGGCGACUUGAGCGAGGGGAUGUUUGUCAGCACGAAGGAUGGACCGAAGACGAAACCGAGCAUACGAAUACGAUCGAGCAGUGAAUCGGAAGUUCCCGAGAACAAAGCGAAUUCACAGCAGUCUACAAGGACUAGUUUGGUAAGCGUUUCAGAGACAUUUGCUCUACAAACAUGAAGAGUUAUUAAAAAGAUCGUGUGUGCGGUGCACAUCAAACUGGUUUUUAAGUCAUUUUCUGUCCUCUUUUAACAAAAGAAUUGAAAUUGAGACGUUAUUUUCCGUUAUAACAACGGAGGUUCCUUUCCAGGAUUAAAUUUUGCAAAACAAAAACUCUGCACGAGCAUCACGCUUUUUGUACAUUUCUUUGUCGUUACUGAACGACUACGACGUGAAAAUACCUAAUUUCACGUUUUAGGGAUGAGGACACAAAACAGCGACUUUCUUUUUCUUUUCCUGAACUUCAAUACACUCUUUUAGAAUUCAACUCCAGAAAAGUAAUUGCCACCAUUUGACGAAUUGAACGAGACGUUUUCGUAGCCUUUGCGGUCUUUAUUGCUUAAGCUCCGAAAUAUGUCACAACAAGUGGUCUCUUUGACCUUUCUUUGUCUAUUGCGUCAACAGAACACUGGGAGUAGGCGAGCAUCUACGCCGACCUCGGAACUGAAAGGGAUCCGGGAGGAAUCUGAGGAGAGUGAGCAAGGCAAGAGUAAGCGUGUCACGAGUGCGAAUGCCCAAAACGACAAAGAAGAAGUCAUAACAUGUAAGAGUGUAGAAGAGGCGUAGAAGCCAGUAAAUAUCCAUGGUGCAGGUCCGAAAUCUACGACUUCUCGUUCUCCAAAAUGCAAUUUUUCACCACAAGCAUAAGUUUUGUCCCAAGAGAAAGUGAAACUGCUAGAAUGUGAAAAGUCCUCCAUACGUUCGUUUUUUGGUAAUAUCCGGAUGAAGCAUAGAUUGGUUUGUUUUCCAUUGCUCCGCUCUAAGACUGGUUAAAAAAUCUCUCGCAACUUUUUCGGCCAAUCAGAAGUAAAUCCAGAUAAAUUGUGACUCGGUCGCCCACGUUUUCCCCCGCCUUUGCCGGCCGCAAGUUUUGGCAUCGAGUUUUGAUUGGUUUGUUGUGUUGUGGAUCUGUUGUCAUUGGCUAUUGUUCUAAGACUUGGUUUUAGUAUUACGGCCGUUAGUUAAAGAUCGACUUUUAUGGUUUGUUUGCUUUUUUCACCAGCUUCUUCGCCGCCAAGAGACUCUAGAGCAAAGAAAACAUCUCCGUGGCUUGGAAACCGUAGAACAGACAGUGAAGGAAAGGACGAGAAGAAGAACCAAGAAAACCGCAAAAACAGCGAGCAUAACGAUUCGAGAGCAAGUCAUGGUAACGGAAAUAAACAGCACAGUAAACAGGAACAGAGGCAGCGUUCCGGGAGUAAAAAUCAACAGCAAAAGCAACAAACUCAACCCGGUAACAGGCCCCGAGGAAACAGUAACAACCAGUUACGACCGAGCAGCGGGAGCUUGUCAGCGAAUUGGAGAGACCGAUCCCAGGUCCAAUCCGAGGCGACGACGAAAGACAACGAAAAAAGCGCGGAAGAGGUGCAAAGAGAAGUGGAUGGGAAGGAAGAAAGGAAAGAAGAGAAAGGGAGAUUUAGUGGAGGAGAUUCGAAGAGUAAAGAUGAGAAACCGAGUGAACCUGCGGCCGAUGAAAAGCCUCCUGAAGCGAAUACGGUUAAAAACAAGACUGUAGAAUCCAAAGACGAGGAGCAGACAGCUUAGAACUCUGCCGCGAGGAACCAUUUCGCGGAAUUCACUACUGCUCAGGCAGAAAAUUGUACAGAAGGAUUAAAAAAAUUAUCUACUUAUUGGUGAAAGCUAAUUUAUGAGUGAGGCCAGAUGUUGGUUCAUAUCAAUUUGAAGAGACGUUUAACCGCUAUUUACCGCCUUGUUCUUGCGUAAAGCCAUCUCUUUCUAAUACCCCUUUAGCUGGGAUCCGUGAAACGUGUUCUAUAAAUGGCGUUUUGGCUCUUGCAUGCGACAUUUCCCACCUCGGUUUGCCGUUGUUUUUCUUCAUAAACACCCUGCAAUCUCACGUGCAAACUUCAUAGUUGCACGUGCAGCACACACGUACAGUGUAUUCACGUGCUUUUCGUAUGUUUGUUUGGCCUUUCCUGG